UAUAAGUUUAAAAUUUGUGGAUAUACUUUACUUUGCCACACCCGCUAGCGCUACUUGUUUAAUAAAUUUUUGAACUUUUUAUUUACGUACUUUAUUGUUUUACUUAAGGUAGUCAUAAUGUUUAAGAAAUUCACGUUAAUAUUAGGAUUCUUAUUAGUUACCAAUGUUUUUCAAGUAAGAACUCUCGAAUGCUACGUUUGUGAUUCUCAAGAGGACAAUUCAGAAAAAUGCAUUAAAACAAUAAAAACUUGUGAAUACUAUCAGAGUGUAUGUUUAACGGAAAUCAAAUGGGGAACAGCUCCAUACUGGUCUCAGGGUGCAAAAAAACAAUAUUACAUUACAAAGAAAUGUUCCAAUAAGACAGAAUGUGUUAGUACUAGACAGCGAAACAUGCCUCUUUGUACUCAUAUUUGGUACCAAGACUGGGUGUGUUCUGACUGCUGCCAAGGAGACAGAUGCAACUAUUACAUUAUAAGUGGAAUUGGAACAAAAAAACCAGUCUUUGGUAUCUUAUUAGCAGCUGUCCUAUUGCCUAUUGUAAGAAUUAAGUUUACAUAUUGAAUAUAUGGAUAAUAUUUUUUGUAUUUAGAAAUCUGCCAGAAUGAUAGAUUUAAAAAAAAAUAUCAGAACUUUGUCCUAUUUACACUAAAAAAUUUAUGGUGCAAAAUGUACAAAUCUUGAUAUUCAUGUUAUUUUAAAUGACACAGACUUAAUGGCAUUUUUUUUUUUCAUUUAAAAUUGCUGUCUUAAAAUGAUACCGUCCAUAACUUACUUCAUGCUAAUUUUAUUUCAAUAUUUAUUUUUUAUCAAUAUUGUUAUGACAUAGUAUAAAGAUCUGAAUUAUUUAUGAAUAUCAUUAAGAAGUUAUAACUAUUUGUUCUUUGACUAGAAUUUUUUUAUGAUUAAAAAUAGCAAUAGUUAAAUAUA